AUGGUCCGCGCCGCGUUGGCGGCGACUGUUGAUCCAUUCUCCAUUAUGGAGCUCCAGGGCUUGCCCGCGGUGUACAUCUCAACCGUCUUCCUGAUGGCUUCGUGUAUCGAGAUGAAGGACGCUAGAGGAUAUUCAUCACGACUACACAUCAAAUCAAACCUCGGCCUCAUCCUAUCCGGCACUGUCUCCGCCCACCGCGUCAGCAGGUACAUGGACUUGCCGAUCAACUUGAGCUUGCGUCGGAGGAAAACCUCGAAAUUUCCAGGAGAGGUCCUCUCCUCUCGUGAUUGGGAUCUUAUGCCAGCAUCGUUGAUCUGCGACAGCAGCCUGGCAAAGCUGGUCAAGAUGCGAAACGACCAUCCUCCCUCUUGA